AUGGCACAGAUGCAACCAUGGUUAAUCAUCCUACUGGUUCUGCUGGGCUGCGCCUUACUCGCCGUCACCAUAGCUGGGCUAGGAAGAAUGUAUUACGGCGAUACCAGCGAGACAGUGGAAUCUCGGCCUUCAGAAGUGCAAGCGAGCUACAUGCGCGAAGUAAGAGAGAGGAAUCAGAUGGCAAUCCUGCACAAGAUGCCGCGCAGACCAGCCAACGCCCAGAGGUCCUAUACAAACUAUACGGAUUAUUCUUCCGCGGAUGGAGCUUGUGAGUUUGUCUUCUUGCUGGUGAUGCUUGAGGACCAUGAUUGA